AAAACAGCCCACACUAGUUUAUUUUUUUUACUUUUGAAAAUACUUUUUUGUGUUGGCUCUGUUUUCUGAAAGCACUUUCACUCCAGAACAGAUCGAAUUCGAAUCUCUUCCGCUCCAAACUCAAACUCUCCACUCCUGAUUCCUUUCUUUGUUCUCAUCCUUCAACUCUUUUUUCUUGGAACCCAUCUUUUGUUUCCAAAUUCUUUAAAAUACUUUCAUUGUUGUUUUUUGAAAAAAAAUAUAUAUAUAUAUAUAUCAUGUAACUGUUUCAAGUGGUGUCCCUCGCUUUUGCAGGUCUGCCAAUGGCCUUGAUGCUUGAAUAGCGAGUGCAGCGAAGCCCAAAAGGAGAGAUGAAAGGCGAGUCAUCGGGACUGAUAAUCGGGAUUUCCAUAGGGUUGGUAAUUGGAGUGCUUUUGGCUAUAUUGGCCUUGUUCUGCUUUAGAUACCAUAGGAAGCGAUCACAGAUAGGGAAUAGCAGUUCCAGGAGGGCUGCAACCAUCCCUAUCCGAUCAAAUGGAGCUGAUUCUUGUACUAUAUUAUCGGACUCCACCAUCGGUCCGGAUUCACCCAAAGCAUCUGGACGGAAUGGCAUGUCCUUUUGGCUAGAAGGAUUUAAGAGGAGUAACGUGGUUUCUGUUUCUGGGAUACCCGAGUACUCUUACAAGGAUCUGCAAAAAGCGACAUAUAAUUUUACAACAUUGAUAGGACAAGGUGCAUUUGGUCCUGUUUAUAAAGCUCAGAUGUCAACCGGUGAGACGGUUGCUGUUAAAGUGCUUGCAACUGACUCUAAGCAAGGGGAGAAGGAGUUCCAAACAGAGGUUCACUUACUGGGAAGGUUACAUCAUAGAAACCUCGUGAAUUUGGUUGGGUAUUGUGCCGAAAAGGGCCAGCAUAUGCUUAUAUAUGUCUACAUGAGUAAAGGCAGUUUGGCUUCUCAUUUGUAUGAUGAGAAGUAUGAGCCAUUGAGUUGGGAUUUGAGGAUUUACAUAGCUUUAGAUGUGGCAAGGGGCUUGGAGUAUCUUCAUGAUGGGGCUGUUCCUCCUGUCAUACACCGGGACAUCAAAUCAUCCAAUAUUCUAUUGGACCAGUCCAUGAGAGCAAGGGUUGCUGAUUUUGGGCUUUCGAGGGAAGAGAUGGUUAGCAAACAUGCAUCUAAUAUACGAGGAACUUUUGGAUAUCUUGAUCCUGAGUAUGUAUCAACAAGGGCCUUCACUAAGAAGAGUGAUGUUUACAGUUUUGGGGUAUUGCUUUUUGAACUUAUUGCUGGCCGGAAUCCUCAACAGGGGCUCAUGGAAUAUGUUGAGCUUGCAGCAAUGAAUACUGAGGGGAAAGUUGGAUGGGAGGAAAUUGUGGAUUCCCGUCUUGAUGGUAAAUUUGAUACGCAAGAACUCAAUGACAUGGCAGCUCUUGCAUACAAAUGUAUCAACCGUGUUCCAAAAAAGCGACCGUCCAUGAGGGAUAUAGUGCAAGUUUUGUCAAGGAUCCCAAAAAUGAGGCAUAGCAGGAAGCAUCAUACGCAAUCCUUGUCUAGCACAGCCAAUGACAUUGCCAUUGAUGUUGAUCAACCAGACAGUCACACUCCAGUCAGUGAACACAAGAGGGAGGAGUCCAUGGACAGCACUGCUGACACCUUUGAAGUUUAAGUGACAGUUUCUUUCAUUUUUUCAUUUUUUCUUUCCUUGUUUUUCAGUUUUGUUUGCUUUGUGACAGAAGGGUAGCAUAGCUGCUGUAGCUUGGAGUUCUGCUUGAGUGAGUGAGAAUUCAGUUCAGUUUCCCUUGUAACCAUCUCUUGUAACAUAAUACAUUCUCUUUCUCUCCCUUUUGCUAGAUUGACAGAUCCCAAAUUCUUGUAUAUUAAUACUAGAGAAAUGGAAAUGAAGGAAAAAUAGCCUUUCUUUCUUUCUGUA